UUAUGUGGUUUAUCUAAAUUUUAUGAUUUGCAGUCAAAAGCACAUUAUUCAUUCUUGUGUAUGCUGCACUUCACAAAAUACCAUGAUCGUAAUACAAUAUAUUUGUGUUUUCCUUUAUGUAUGUCAAAUGUCGAAGUUUACUUAUUCCAAAGUAAUCGGAAGACCCGAACAAAGUUUAAGCGUAGAUUUGUCGAAAUGCUCAUCAGAUGAUUGGAUUUGUUUUGAAGGUAAAAUCAUAGACAAUUCUUCAGUCAUGGCUUUUUUUAGUAGAUAUACUUAUAUUCUAUGGUCAUAUUAUUACGAAGAUGUGAAAAACAUAAACGAUAACGAAACGAAUAGUAUGACUAUUGAAAUACAAAACGAAGAAGGACCAACAGAUUACGAUUAUUAUAAUGAAUUGGAACAAGAGAUUUCGAAUGAAGAUUCCACGAACAAAGUGAAAAGAUCACUUGAACUGGUUGAAGAACGACCCCCUGAAGGAACUUAUCAGCCUCCACUCAAUGACGAUGAAACUAGAACUGUUCGUUCAUUCCCUGAUAUACCUUCUAUGCCCUCAAUGCCUUCUAUGCCUUCUAUGCCUUCAAUGCCUUCUAUGCCAUCAGUGCCUUCUAUGCCAUCAACACCAUCUUUGCCUUCUUUGCCCACAUCUUCAACCCCGCAGCCACCUACAAUGCCUUCCGUGCCAUCAAUACCUCAACCACCUACAAUGCCUUCCAUGCCAUCCACGCCAUCAACACCUCAACCACCUGCAAUGCCUUCAAGUGAACCAAACACAGAAGCGACCAGAUACGAUGUGACGACUCAAUCGCCGGAAGUAGAACAGAUUGAGACUACUACGGAAGACUAUGGUAAUAUUGGCGAACCAAAUUGCGAUUACGAUCCUCUUUCCUUUGUUUUAAAAUGUGGUUUAAAUUUAAUCACUAGUAUAUUUGGAUUAUCCGAUACAUGUUGCAAACCAAUAAUUUAAUCUAUUUAAUUUAUAGACCUAACAAAUAUAACAAUAACCUACACCAAAUGGCUAAAAUAAUUACGUCCAGUACAUAACGCCUGUCACCUAUUAUAUUAUACUACUCUGUUUACUUUAAAAUAUGCCAUAAAUACUAUUUGAUUUCAUGCUGUAGCUUGUAUGUAUUUAAGUAGGUACCUAAAUAAACAUUUUUAAUGAAGAAACGUCAAUGUACACACAAAAAUGUAUCAAUGAAAACCACAAUUACAUAAUUUAUUCACUUAUCAAAAAAAUGAAACGUAUUUUGAAUAAAGCUGUGUAAUAUUUUUGAAACAACAGUUCCAUCUUCACUGUUAUUUAUAUUUGAUUCAUUUUUAGAUUAGAUAAUAAUAAUAUGUAUUUUUUAACAAAUUACUUUUAUAACUAAUAUAAUAAUUUAUAAAAAUAG